ACAAGGGUUGUAUAACCUGGAUCCAAUUUUAACAGGCGGCAACGUUUCUCAAACCAAACCUCGCUCAACAGUGACAUUUAUACACACGUCGUGAAUUAGCUUCUUCAUUUCCUCCCACAUAAACCAGGAGGUUUAAACCGGUUAAACCCGGUGAAACUCUAGUGUUGUUGUUACUGGAGGUCAGACGUCCAGAUGCUUUCCCCGGGCAGGACCGUCUCCUCCCGGCUGCUGAGGCCGAUUUCAAGGCUCUGGACCCGGCUGGGCUCUGACGGAAGAGCCGCCAGCUCGAAGCAGACAGAGUUGAUAAAGAAACACAAACUUGAGAAAGAUGAGCUCCGCCCCCUCUACAUGGACUUCCAGGCCACCACGCCCAUGGACCCCCGGGUGCUGGAUGCCAUGUUGCCCUACCAGGUGAAUUUCUACGGUAACCCUCACUCCAAAACACACGCCUACGGCUGGGAGAGCGAGAGCGCCAUGGAGUUGGCCAGAAAGCAAGUGGCUGAUCUGAUUGGAGCAGAUCCCAGAGAGAUCAUCUUCACCAGCGGAGCCACCGAGUCCAACAACAUGGCAAUCAAGGGCGUGGCCCGGUUCUACCAGACCAAGAAGCGUCACGUGAUCACGACGCAGACGGAGCACAAGUGUGUGCUGGACUCGUGUCGAGUUCUGGAGUCCGAAGGGUUCAGCGUCACCUACCUGCCGGUGCUGCCCAACGGCCUGCUGGACCUGGAGCUGUUGGAGGCCUCCAUCCGUCCCGACACCUCUCUGCUUUCCGUGAUGACCAUCAACAACGAGAUCGGAGUCAAGCAGCCCAUCAAGGAGAUCGGUCAGAUCUGUCGCUCUAAAGGAGUCUUCUUCCACACCGACGCCGCUCAGGCCGUCGGUAAGAUUCCCGUCAACGUCGCCGACUGGAAGGUCGACCUGAUGUCCAUCAGCGGCCACAAGCUCUACGGCCCUAAAGGUGUGGGUGCUUUGUACGUGCGCCGCCGGCCGCGCGUGCGCUUGGAGCCGCUGCAGAACGGCGGCGGGCAGGAGAGGGGGCUGCGCUCCGGCACCGUGCCCACGCCGCUGGUCGUCGGGCUGGGAGCCGCCUGCAGCGUCGCACAGCAGGAGAUGGAGUAUGAUCAUGACAGAGUGUCCAUGCUGGCUAAUCGUCUGGUCCAGAAGAUCACGUCUGAGCUUCCUGACGUCAUCAUGAACGGAGAUGCAGAGCAACGCUACGCUGGCUGUGUCAACUUGUCCUUUGCCUACGUGGAGGGGGAGAGUCUGCUGAUGGCGCUGAAGGACGUGGCUCUGUCAUCCGGGAGUGCGUGUACGUCAGCGUCUCUGGAGCCGUCGUACGUCCUCAGAGCGAUCGGCACAGAUGAAGACUUGGCUCACUCGUCCAUCAGGUUUGGUAUUGGCAGGUUCACCACAGAAGCCGAGGUGGACUACACGGCAGCGAAGUGCAUCACGCAGGUCAACCGGCUCAGAGACAUGAGUCCUCUGUGGGAGAUGGUUCAAGAGGGCAUCGAUCUGAAGAGCAUCAAGUGGACGCAGCACUAGGCUCCUCCCACUUCCUGUUUACUUCCUGAUUGCCGAUGAUGACGAGGGGCAUGUGAACGUACCAGCUUCACCUUCCUGUCCACAAACAAACAAACAAACACGCACAAACUUCCUGUCUCACUUGAAGUCUGUUUGUAACUGUCUCCCCUCUUGUUGCUCCGCGAGGAGGUUGUUGAUCGUAGUUUGUCUUAGUGACACCUGGUCCUGUAACAUCAUGAAGUACUUUAUAAGAAGUUAAACUGUGACACCUGCAGGGAAACAAUAUAUUAUGAGGCAGCAAAAAAUGUGAAAGUCAUAAACACACAGCAAGAAUAAAAUAAGAAGCUGUGUAGGAUGAGCGUGAACAUAUUGAAAGUAAGUCAGAGGAUCGGUGGGCGGUUACAUUUCUGAUUCUGGGGGGCUGCACCUGAAGGCAGCAGACUCAAAUGUACUGACAUAAUAUGUAAGGGUUCAUUAAUAUGUCUUUUCAUCAUAGUUUUUCCGUUGAUGACACACAGAUUGUCUCCUGUCUUCUGUCUCCGCUUCAUCUUCCUGCCUCAGACUUCAGGUCUCAGUAUAAAACACAGCUUCAUGUCAGUCCGUGUCCAUGUCGGACUCCUUCUCCUGUUACUCUUCAUGAUAUAUAUAAUCUGUAUUUUACAAUAAAGUGCUGCUUCCUGCAUUGAAA